AUGGCGAGUUCUGGGAAUAGCCUGCGGUUGUUCUACUCAUCCUCUAGGGACGUACCCCGAGCACUGGCGAUUGUUCCGAUGGGAUAUCGUGGCUACGCUACAACCACUCCUGAUCCUUCCGGUCCUCCGACGACACAACCGCGCAGGCGAGCAACAACUUUCCGGGAUAAGCUGAAUGCAGGCCCUUCCUUCGCAGACUUUGUUACUGGAGGAAACGCUCCUCUGGAGCCAUCGGAGGCGUAUGCCCUCAAAACUGCCCUUGUCGGGCCUGCCGGGAGGAAGAAAGAAAUGACCCGGCUACCGUCAUGGUUGAAGACACCUAUUCCGGACUCGAAAAAUUACCAGCGUCUCAGGAAAGAUCUAAGGGGUCUCAAGUUGCAUACUGUCUGCGAGGAAGCUCGAUGUCCAAACAUAUCCGACUGUUGGGGCGGCAGCGAUAGGUCUGCGGCAACAGCUACGAUCAUGUUGAUGGGAGAUACUUGUACCCGGGGAUGCCGGUUUUGCAGUGUGAAAACCUCCAGAGCCCCUCCUCCGCUUGAUCCGCACGAACCGGAAAAUACUGCCGAAGCCAUAUCGAGGUGGGGGCUUGGAUAUGUUGUUUUGACGAGCGUCGACCGAGACGAUCUUGCCGAUGGCGGCGCACGACAUUUUGCGGAAACGGUGCUGAAAAUCAAACAAAAGGCUCCCAAUAUAUUGGUUGAAUGUCUGACCGGCGACUAUGGGGGAGAUACCGACAUGGUUGCGCUAGUUGCUCGGUCCGGCUUGGAUGUAUAUGCGCAUAACGUUGAGACUGUGGAGGCCCUGACUCCGCAAGUCCGUGAUCGUCGGGCCUCGUUCCAGCAGUCACUCCGUGUCCUUAGUGCUGCUAAACUUGCCAAGCCAUCUCUAAUCACAAAGACUUCCCUCAUGCUUGGACUUGGUGAGACAGACGAGCAGCUAUGGGACGCUCUCCGCCAGUUACGCGCUGUCAACGUUGAUGUCGUCACUUUCGGCCAGUACAUGCGUCCGACGAAACGUCACAUGGCUGUUCACGAAUAUGUUACACCUGAUCGAUUUGAGCUAUGGCACAAACGGGCGAUCGAUCUGGGCUUCCUUUACUGCGCCUCGGGCCCGUUGGUCCGAAGUAGCUAUAAGGCUGGCGAAGCAUUCAUCGAGAACGUGCUGAAAAAGCGGCGUGCUACUGCUGAAACUGCGGGAAAGGCUGCGAGCGAGAAGACAGUUGUUGCGGAAGAAGCAGCGCCGUGA